AUGGACCUACCGGAGGUGUUACAGUCUGGUGUGGGACUAGAGGAGGUGUUACAGUCUGGUGUGGGACUAGAGGAGGUGUUACAGUCUGGUGUGGGACUAGAGGAGGUGUUACAGUCUGGUGUGGGACUAGAGGAGGUGUUACAGUCUGGUGUGGGACUAGAGGAGGUGUUACAGUCUGGUGUGGGACUAGAGGAGGUGUUACAGUCUGGUGUGGGACUAGAGGAGGUGUUACAGUCUGGUGUGGGACUAGAGGAGGUGUUACAGUCUGGUGUGGGACUAGAGGAGGUGUUACAGUCUGGUGUGGGACUAGAGGAGGUGUUACAGUCUGGUGUGGGACUAGAGGAGGUGUUACAGUCUGGUGUGGGACUAGAGGAGGUGUUACAGUCUGGUGUGGGACUAGAGGAGGUGUUACAGUCUGGUGUGGGACUAGAGGAGGUGUUACAGUCUGGUGUGGGACUAGAGGAGGUGUUACAGUCUGGUGUGGGACUAGAGGAGGUGUUACAGUCUGGUGUGGGACUAGAGGAGGUGUUACAGUCUGGUGUGGGACCAGAGGAGGUUUUACAGUCUGGUGUGGGACUAGAGGAGGUGUUACAGUCUGGUGUGGGACCAGAGGAGGUGUUACAGUCUGGUGUGGGACUAGAGGAGGUGUUAGUCUGGUGUGGGACUAGAGGUGGUGUUACAGUCUGGUGUGGGACUGCAACAUGA